AUGGGCAAGCGCGGCCAGGCGACGAAGGAGAAGCCCGAGCCGAGAACGCGCCCGAGGAUCCAGAAUAAGACCAGCGCCGCCGGGGCGGAGGUCCACGAUGCGUUAAGCAAGAUCGCGGAGCACCCGGUGUUCAAGGACAGCGUUGAGCAGGAGCCGAAGACCAUGUCGGAUGGAGGCGCCCAGGCGCCAUUCAAGCAGGCUGACAUGAACGCUGUGCUGAACAGAGAUGGGCCUGGCCUUUUCUACAAAUGCGGCCUCAAUUUUAUGUGGCAGAGCUUCGCGUGGAUGUGCAACCACCGUGUGCCCAUCAACAAAAGCCAGAUCAAGGAGCUCCAGAGGUUCGCCUUGGAGCCACUGCAGCCGCCCAGGCACAUUCCCUUCGAGACGGUGAUUGCGUUGGACUCAGCCACGCAAUGCGUGAUGGGCGCGAAAGGUGCCUUGCAACGCUUGUCGCCCCCAGAGCCCGCCUUCGCGGUGAUCUUCAGCAUCAGGUGGAUCUACGACGUCGUUGGCUUCAAGGCUUCCAAAGAGAAGGACCUGGGCAGGGAGUUGGGCAGCGCUCAGGUCGCGAAGUACUACCAUGAGAAGAUGAAGUACGCCAGGGGGACGAAGGGAGUCAGCGCGUCUUUCGUCGACAGCGCCCCCACCAUGCACAGGAGGGCCCUCAGCAACGAGAUGGCGCGCCAGUGGCUCGAGUGGUGCGACGAGCACCUGAUGGAGAAGAGCCCAUGGGGCAAAUCGAUGUAUGCGUUGCAGGCCUUGGUCGACCGUGCGCAGACGACAUCUCGCAUUAACUGGGCCAUUUGCGGCCUCACGGAUCUCUACCGCAUGGACUCUACCACCGGGGGGGAGUUCACGAUCGGCAGGAUGAAGGACUACAGGCAGAGCUACAUCGAGGUCCUCAACCUGAAGCACGCCAUGCGCGAUGAGUUGCUCCAGGCGCGGUUGCCGGGGAUCGGUCUGCCAAUCGAGCGCGUUAAAAAGAUGCAGGAGGCGUUCGCCGACUUUCCGAACGCGCGCGCGUCUGUGACAGGCUACCCCGACGAGCCCACGGUGGACACUGCGUGGAUGGUCGGAUGGCCCCCAUCUUCGGUGGCGGCAUGCACCUUUCUGGAAGAGUGUAUCUACACUUGCUCCUAUGACGGCCGCUACAGGGACGCUGUAAAGUCGAAGGCGAAGGUUGCUGACAUCUUGGGGUACGAGAACGUCAAGCGCGAGAUCGACGAGAACGCCGCGACUCUGGCCCAAGAGCGAGCCGCUGCAGCGGCGGCGAGAGGAGAGACCCCUGCAGUGGACCCAGCUACGCCAGCUCCGACAACUGGUACGACAACCGCGACUCCAGAGUCGAAGGGCUUUCACAGCAUGGAGCAGCAGGACCAAGAGUAUUGGGAGAAGAUCAUCCAGAAGCAUGUCCACACGCACGUGGACAUCAUCGUCGAGAAGAAAACAGCCGCUGAGGGCGAUCCGACUGGUCUCGUGCUGUUUCACUUCGACGUCAAGCAGAGCGGCGAGCCCUUAACUCGCCCGGAGCUGCGGGUCGCCCCCCUGCGCGACGCGAACUACCACAGGCUGGUCAGGACCGCGCUGAACGCGCGUGCCCUGGCUGGCGGCGCCCCUGGUCUACGAUCUGGUGAAGUGGCUAUCCUGCUAGACGGCAGCAGGAGUGGCAACUCUAAUAAACUAAUUGACCCGUGGCGCGAGGGGACUUCGAAGGACAAGAAGAAGCAAGGCGAUGAUGAUGAGGGCGAAGAGGAUAAGGAGGGCGACCCCGACGACGAGGACGGAACUGAGGUCCUGACCUUCACCUCCUCUGUCAUCAACAUCGUCUACUCCGAGGCCAGCAUCGCCAACCGCCGCAAGAAGUUGCGCAGCUGCACAGUUGGCCUUCACCAGUCCGAGUGCGUUCACAUGCUCUCGCAUACGAAAGUCUCCCUGCCAGAGAGGUCACGGAAACGCUAUCCUGGAAGCGCGUCGGGCGACACAAUCAUGGGCGUCGAGGCGACAAAGGCCGAAAAGGAGUGGACCAUGAGUUGGUCGGACAAAAAGGCGCUCUACGGCAAGAAGAACCUCAUCGCCGUCGGCGGCAAGACGAAAGGCGCGAGCCCGGACGACGUGAUCGAGCGCAAGACGGACUCCACGCAAGUGCCAGUCACGCACCACGGAAUGCCCCCCGCGUGGCACGACGAGCUCAUCCACAUGUUUUUCUUGAAGGCCGUCGUGGACUUGACGCCGCUGGGCGCCAAAUUCGCUUGGCAGGCGGUGCUCAACCGCGUGGGGUACAUCGGCAUCGCUUUCACCGAGGAGCACAAGACUAUGAUCUACGCGAGGCUCGUCGAGCAGAUGAAGACCGAGAUGUGCCAGACGCGCUCCAAGCUCUACGACGCCCAGUACGCGAAGGCGGCAGGGCUCACCGAGACGCCGCCCCCAGUGCCACCGCCGAACACCAAGCGCCGCCCCCGGCGCAAGCCCGUAGCGGUUCCCACGGCUGAGCCAGGCACUGGCGGGGAUG